CACCUAUAUGAUGUUACCGACACACUAAAAAUAUUCACGCAUAUGUUUAAGUACAUAGUACAGCAAAACGGGCAACAGUUGGACUGUCGGCUAAACUUCUAAGUACAUUUGCGAACAGUGCCAGGAUGAGCUGUGAAGCCAGAACAUUCGUGCUGAUAAUGCUACCUUUACUUUGCUAUUUUGAGGGUAUUAUAGGAAUACCGAAGGGUUGCCUCAUCAGGCCGCGUACCAAAUCUUCGGGGAUGCCUCUGCCACGUUGGUACUACAACGCUACUAGCCAUAAAUGCCAACCAGUUAUGUGGGGUGGACAUGGAUACAGUGGAAACGUCUUUAAAUCCUCUGCUCAAUGCGAGAAGACAUGUGGCAGCUUAUAUCGACCAGAGGCCGACGUCUGCCUCCUGACACCCGCGAUCGCCACAUGCAAUCACCCUGGACCUUCUGUUUUAAUGUGGACUUACAACAGUAAAACGAUGACCUGUGUUUCUGUUCAGUACCACGGUUGUAACGGAGGCAAAAACCUCUAUAGGACCUGUAAAAUGUGUCGAAGCACGUGUAUUCAUCACACGUCCGUCUUGCAGUUCUGCCCCGAGAAUCCACCAACACGAAAACUUGUUGGAAAUCAUCCCCACCCGGCCCCGGCUGUUCCGCCAAAGAAACCAAAACACUGAUGGCGAUGUAAAGAAAAUUGUUGAAAGCUUUAUGGAAAA